AUGGCGACGCCGCUGCGCUGCCUCCUCCUCCUCCUCCUGCUGCUCCCGGGCCCGGCGCGCGGCCUCUACCCGCGGCUGCCCCAGGACCCGCCCCGCGACCCCCACGACCCCGGACGUGAGCGACGGCGGCGUGGACCCGCCCCCCAGGCCCCGCCCACCGCCUAUGCCGCAGCCCCGCCCCCAGCCGCCGCGGCCACGCCCCCCGCCCGGCCCCGAGGACGCGGUGGGAGGGCUCCGCCCCCUCUGACGUCACCGCCCCGCGACCCCGCCCCUGCUCAUGAAUAUGCAAAUGCGGUGACACCCGUGGGGCUCUUGGGCGGGGCCUCCCCUGACGUCACUUCCUGUCUCCUCUCACCCACCCCGCAGGAGGAAGUCACGACCACGGAGGCGGGACAGGAAGCCCCGUGGCCUCCAUCGUCUCCCCCGUCGUCUCCGUCGUCGUCCUCGCCCUGCUCGGCGCCGGGGCCGGAUACAUCCGGUCGCGCCGGGGCGGGGCCUGCCUGGGGCGGGGCCGCGAGUCGCAGCCGGUGUGAGGACGACGCCACGGCGACCCCGGGAUGA